GGCAAAAACGAAUCAACGUGCUCAUAUGAAACGGAUUGGUUUUCGUUAUGGUGGUCAUAUGACGCCAUUAGUAAUGAUGUUAUUUUCAAAAUGAUGAUACGCUCAAAACUCAACAGUUUCUGGGCCGGAAUCUUCUUUGGUGACGAGCAACCGGUAAGAGAGAGGUCUAGAUUUGUUGGUGUAUGUAUUGAUCUGAUGGAUGGGCGUGUGGCGAGCGACGGUAUCGUACAGAUAGAUAACAUCACUAACAUCCAGCACUUGGUGUUCGACAAGAAGGAAGAUUCCUUGGUGACCGAAUUCUCUAGACCGCUAACGACUAGCGACUCAUCGGACGCCGAUCUGUCUCGUUGCAUUGUAAGUACCGUUGAGUCCGAUAUUCCAGGUUUCGUGAAACGCGCGGCCGCGACGGUUUGUGAAUACAGAAAGGGGAGGAGUACCGUAACCUGGAAAGCAGCAGGUGACAAUGUGGAGUUCCUUAUCGAACAAGACGCGAAGCGAGGAAAAUGGUGGUCGGGUAUUGGCAUUGGGAAGUCUAUGAGAUGUACAAUGUUGACGUAUAAGUUGCAUUUAAACACUUAUGCCAAGGUCAUUUGUUGUUGA